AUGCCUGUGAUCAAUAUUGAGGACCUGACAGAAAAAGACAAGCUGAAGAUGGAAGUUGACCAGCUCAAGAAAGAAGUUACUUUGGAAAGAAUGCUGGUAUCCAAGUGUUGUGAAGAAGUAAGAGAUUAUGUUGAAGAAAGAUCUGGGGAAGAUCCGCUAGUAAAGGGCAUCCCAGAGGACAAAAAUCCUUUCAAGGAGCUCAAAGGAGGCUGUGUGAUUCAAUAA